AUGCGGGUGCGCCUGGGCGCUCUGGCGGGAGCAGCGGCGCUGAGCGGGGCUCUGAGCUUCGUGCUGCUGGCAGCCGCCAUCAGCACCGACUUCUGGUACAUCAUCGACACCGAGAGGCUGGAAAGGAGCAUCCAGGGGGCGCGGGACCAGGGAUCGGCCAACCGCAGCCAGCACGAGCCUCUGAGCUCCCAUUCCGGACUGUGGAGAACCUGCCGGGUUCAGAGCUCCUGCACGCCGUUGAUGAACCCGUUCUGGCAGGAGAAUGUGACGGUCAGCGACUCCAGCAGACAGCUUCUCGCGAUGCACGGGACAUUUGUGAUCUUGCUGCCCCUCAGUCUGAUCGUGAUGGUGUUUGGGGGGAUGACUGGGUUUCUGAGCUUCCUCCUGCGAGCUCACCUCCUCCUGCUGCUCACCGGGACCCUCUUUCUCUUUGGAGCCAUGGUGACCCUCACUGGAAUCAGCAUCUACAUUGCGUACUCAGCCGCCGCCUUCCGAGAGGCCGUGUGCCUCUUGGAGGAGCGGGCCCUGCUGGAUCAGGUGGACAUCCGCUUUGGCUGGUCCCUGGCCCUCGGCUGGAUUAGCUUUGUCUCGGAGCUGCUCGCUGGGGUGGUCUUCCUGGCAGCCGCUCGUGUGCUCAGCCUGAGUCAGACGCAGGACCAAGCCAUCUGA